ACUCCGAAUCCUCAAUUUGAUUUUAAUUUUGAUUUUGAUUUGAGGAAACAGACACAAGCUACUCAAAAAGAAAAAAACAGAUCAAAUGGCUAUCAGAAAAUCAAACAGACUUCCACAAACAGCUGUGCUGAAGCAAAUUCUCAAGAGGUGCUCAAGCUUGGGGAAGAAACAGCAACACUAUGAUGAACAAGGCCUCCCUUUGGAUGUCCCCAAGGGCCAUUUUGUGGUUUAUGUUGGAGAAAACAGAAGCAGAUACAUUAUACCAAUCUCCUUCUUGACUCGCCCUGAGUUCCAAAGCUUGCUUCAUCAAGCAGAAGAAGAAUUUGGAUUUGACCACGACAUGGGUCUCACAAUUCCUUGUGAAGAAGUUGCUUUUCAGUCAUUAACAUCCAUGCUCAGGUGAAAAAGACAAGAUUUUCAAGUCACCACUAGCCUAGCCUAGCCUUGCUUGUUAGUUGCUUUGGGAGAAAAUGGCUGAAGAUUCAAG